UCGUAAUGCGCAUCAGCGCCACUCGGUGCACUUGUUGCAGCUAGGGUUAGAGCACGGGCUAGAAUUCCAUUUCACGUUGAACAGCCUGCGUGUAUCCUCUAACAUCGUGCAGUUGACGCUCAAGACGAAGGUUUUAACAUAAUGGAGCAUCAGCGCAGUCAGUCUGGUAAACCCCCUGUUGAUGAGAUCAAAUUAAUACCCCUGCCGUGUUAUGGCCGCGGCCAUAAACUGGUUCCCUUGGAUGAGCUGCCGUUAUUCCAGUACCUCAAGCGACAAGCUGCUUUGCAAGGAAAACUGGUUCCCGAAGAACUAGGGCGCCCACCUCAGAAGCACCAUCAUUCAUCAGAUGACUCGUCUGAUGCGGAGCACAAGGAUAUUGGUAGUUCUGGUGGCUCCCAUGAGAUGCCACUUUGUGCACCAGCUUUGAAUGUUGGCUUGGAACUAAUGCAACCUGCCCAAGAAAGGAGUGAAGUCCUGUGUCAGCCAUCAACCUCACAGCAGUCACCAGGGCCCCAAUCGUUGCACUUGGCUGACCGACACCGCUACAUACCACACACGUCUGGUCCACCAACUUCCUGGCACCAGCAAACAGACAGGCCCAGUCAUUCGAUUCAGCCAUCUCCACCAACCACCAAGCAGUGCGACUUGGUGCCUCCAGCGAAAGGUUUACCAAAGGGACCAUCGGGGUCUGGAUUUGACUAUGCAGAUUGUCAUGGAGGUGCGCGAAGAAAAAUGCCGGCAACAUCUCCUAAUAGAGGACAAGGCACGUCUUGGUCUCCAAGGAAGGGAGAGCCUCCUGCCAAGAAGGUCGCCUUUGACUCUGACACCUUGAACCAUCCUAAGGACCACAGCUCAUGGGCAGAGUUCCUCAACAAAGGUGUUACUCGUGACCCCGUUGAUGACUCGGAGGGUGAUCUGACCAUCUGCAGAGAUGCUGAAGCAGAGCACUAUGAGUCGGACAGUCCAUCUACAGGGGGGAAACCUGCAGCAGCGGUCAAGGACGAGCCCAUGGAGACAGAAGACUCCGAAGAACCCAAGAAGGGUGAGGUAGAGUCCGAAGACUACGAGAUGGUUCGGGUCCCCGUCUUCCUCGAGCACCCCCUAGAGUGAGGCUGUGUGCAACACACUUGGAGAGCUCAUCCAGGGAGAUAUGUCCAAGAAGCACAAGGGCAACUGAAGCAAGGAUAAGCAAUAGCCAUGCUUGACUUGACCAUGGGUUUUUGCACCCAACUUUUUUUUUUUUUUUUACCAUUAGCGGUUUAAGGGAACACGCACUAAAAUAAAAAAGAGGAUGCUUCCUCUUACCCAUGGGAUGGGCUGUUGUCAUCCUACAAUUGUC